UCCAAACAGGCUCUAUAUAAUAUACUUACUAUUGCUUUCUCAAAUCAGUCCAUUUCACCAAUCAAUUAUUUUCCUUCUUAAUUCUCUUCUCUACAAUCAUCCAAACACCGCCCUAUACCCUACAUCCUUCCUUCAACUUUCACGCCUUCUUAAAAUUCAAACUCUCACCUUUCAUACCUCUUUUCCUAAUUUUUUCUUUUCUUUUUACAAUCAUCCAAACACCCCCUUACCCUAGCUCCCUCAUUGCAACUUUCAUGCCACCCGUCAAACUUUGUUAUACAACCAUUAUGAUGAAAAUAAUUGCGAUAACUCAUUCGCGUUAGCGUAUUAUUGGUUGAGAAAGAAAAAAACAUAGAAAUAUGAGUGUGAUUCUUGAUUUCAAAGAUGAUAGUGAUGAUGAUAUGGUACUUGUGCCACCAACAAACUUUUGUCCUGUAGAAAAUAACUAUAUUUACAGAUCAGGAUGUCCUAAACCUUCCAAUUUUCCUUUCCUCCAAUCACUCAAUCUUCGUUCUAUCAUAUACUUAUGUCCAGAACCUUACCCCGAAGAAAACCUCGAAUUCCUACGUAAUAACAACAUCAAGCUAUACCAAUUCGGUAUCGAUGGAACAAAGGAACCAUCAAAUAUGUCUAGUGAUAUCAUAAUGGAUGCAUUGAGAGUGAUAGUUGAUGUGAGGAAUCAACCUGUUUUAGUACACUGUAAACGUGGAAAACAUCGAACAGGUUGUCUUGUUGGAUGUUUGAGGAAAUUGCAGAACUGGUGUUUGGGUGCUGUGGUUGAAGAAUACAAGCAUUUUGCUGGAGCAAAGUGGAGAGAAACUGACUUGAAGUUUUUGGAGAGUUUUGAUGUUUCAUGCAUAAGGCUUUGCUUGAGAGCUUUGUUAUCUACAGGUGUACUAUGGAUUUGA